GACAGAAUAUAUGAGCAGAGUCUUUCUCUACUUGGGAGACAAUGGUGUCAAAGAAGAUGAGAUGAAAAGAACUAUGACAACAAUUCCUUUCACUGAGGGAAUGAUAGAUCUUCUGGGAUUUAUUGAUUCAAGAGUUUGGGGAGAGCUGUGGCUGCUCCCUUUCGACUCCUGCUUUUCGGUGGUGGGGGAGCCCCUGGAACUUGCUGCUCUUUCCAAUAUCGCUUCUCCAAGCGCCCUGCGAGAGCGGGGCCCCCCUGCGAGAAGCGGCUUCAGGUCGCUGACAGCGACGGCCGAGGCCCCUCGCUUUGUUGUGUGGCUGAGUGACACCGAGCUGGUGACGCUCCCCAGGCAUCUGCUCCUGUCCCUAACACGGCCGGGUCUUCUGUCAGCGCCGCAGACAGCCUUUAACCCCUGUCUCGGGCUGGGGAGCGCCUGGGCGGCGGCGGCAGCGCUUCGGGCCGGACCUUCCCAAGGCGAGCGGGCGAGCGGGCGUGCGGGGGCCGGGCUGGGCGUCGGGGCCCGCCGGCCUCGCGGAGGGGCGCGCGGGGGGGCCGGCCGGGGCACCAAAAUAGGAGCUGUCGCUGCGGCCCCGCUGCUUCCUCCGGCAGCGGCUCUUCCAAAGACGGUCACGGGCCGCCGCGGGCUGGGAGCUCCGGAGGGCGGCCGGGCUGCGCGGAGCGGCGCGGACAAAGCGGCGGGGCGCGGCGAUGGCCGCGCCCGGGCAGGAGGAGUACGCGUACCUCUACAAGGACUCUGCGCACCCCGCCGGCUUCUUGGAGGCGUUCCGGGCGUUUUACCUGGACGGGCUGUUCACCGACAUCACCCUGCAGUGUGCUUCGGGGGUCAUCUUCCACUGCCACAGAGCUGCCCUGGCAGCCUGCAGCAGUUAUUUUAAAGCUAUGUUCACAGCCGAUAUGAAAGAAAAAUCAAAAAACCAGAUCAGCCUUCCCGGGCUCAGCCAUGCGGUGCUGGAAGCUCUCGUGAAUUACGCGUACACAUCACAGAUUCAGAUAACAAAGAAAAAUGUCCAAAGCCUACUCCAGGCUGCAGACCUGCUCCAGUUCGUGUCAGUAAAGAAAGCCUGUGAGCAGUUUCUGGUGAGGCACUUAGAUACUGACAACUGCAUUGGGAUGCACUCCUUUGCUGAAUAUCAUGAUUGCUCGGAGCUGGAGAAAGAGUCCAGAAGGAUAUUGUUAUGGCAGUUUGAAGAAGUGUGGAAGCAGGAAGAGUUUCUGGACAUUGGCAAGGAGAAGCUCUCUUAUAUUCUUUCCAGGGAGAAUCUCAAUGUUCAGAAAGAAGAAGCAGCCAUUGAAGCUGUCAUUAAGUGGGUUUCACACAACGUGGAAGGAAGAAUUGAAGACAUCUGUGAAAUGCUAAGCUGCAUCAAAGUAGACUUAGAUAAUGUGUAUUUGAGGUCAGCUUUAAGCCUGCAAAAAAAAUGCCGACUCAAUGACAGUAAGAUAAGAUCACUCGUAUAUAAUGCCCUGAACCUCAAUCCCAAAGGUCUUUCCAGAAGAUCCACAGCAACAAUGUAUGUAAUUGGAGGAUAUUAUUGGCAUCCCUUAUCAGAAGUGCAUGUUUGGGAUCCUUUAACCAAUGCAUGGGUCCAGGGAACAGAGAUGCCAGAUCACACUAGAGAGAGCUAUGGGGUCACUAGUUUGGGACCAGACAUAUAUGUGACAGGAGGUUACAGAACAGAGAGUAUUGAAGCUCUUGACACCGUGUGGAUAUAUAACAGCGAGAGAGAUGAGUGGACAGAAGGCUGCCCCAUGCUUGACGCAAGGUAUUACCACUGCGCAGUUUCCUUGAGUGGCUGCAUUUAUGCAUUGGGAGGGUACCGAAAGGGAGCUCCAGUCCAAGAAGCUGAGUUUUAUGAUCCUUUAAUACAGAAAUGGCUUCCCAUCGCAAACAUGAUCAAAGGAGUUGGAAAUGCCACUGCCUGUGUCCUGCAUGAAGUUAUCUACGUCGCUGGAGGUCACUAUGGGUACAGGGGAAGCUGCACCUACGAUAAAAUCCAGAGAUACCAUUCAGGUAGCAACGAGUGGAGUAUAGUCACCACAAGUCCACAUCCAGAAUACGGAUUGUGUUCAAUUACAUUACAAAACAAGAUCUAUUUUGUGGGUGGACAGACCACAAUCACUGACUGCUAUGACCCAGAGCAAAAUGAGUGGAAGCAGAUGGCUCACAUGAUGGAGAGAAGGAUGGAGUGUGGCACGGUGGUUAUGAACGGGUGCAUCUAUGUAACAGGAGGAUAUUCCUAUUCAAAAGGAACAUACCUGCAGAGCAUUGAGAAAUACGACCCUGAACUGAAUAAAUGGGAAGCAGUAGAUGUGUGCCUGUGUGGAAUGGAAGGAGGAAAUGAGAGAGACUGGAAAAGUAACAUCUGCCUGAGAUUCAAACUUCUCUAUUUUGUUUAAUACCAUUUGAUCUUUUCUAAACAGUGACUUGAGAAAAGGUAACAACUAAAGAAAUUUGUCAAUGUAUGUUAUGCAUGAAGAAAAAAAAUUAUCUAUGAGAUUGAUUUAUUUAUUAUUUCUCUCAAAACUUAAUAUGAGAUCUUCAAAUUCUAUGUAGAAAGUAGAUUUUGGUUAAGUGAUUUACAGACAAACAGAUCACACUUUGAGUGGCCUGACAGCGGUGAUCCAAAUGAAGAAAUGCUUUGGGGAACAGAGAAGGCUCUUUUAGCAAUGAACCCCCAAUACAGUUUAUAAAAUGACUGCAGAAACAGCUGUUAGACAUUGGUGUGAGAGGCAGGGAUGACACAGGGCUGCCGUAGGGUGUGGUGAGAACUUCCCACACCAGCACUGCCACCUAAAAUGAAAUUUUGGUUUUAUUUGAUUUCUCAGAUACAAAGAAAGGGCUUUUCCAAGUAGUAAGCUCUGAGUUUAUAAUAUUUAUUUUGUUUGAUCAUAAGCACGCUCAACUUUUUUUUUAUUCUUUCACAUUUUUAUGCUAUUUCUGACUUACAUUUGACUGCUGGUAACAGGUGGCACUCAACUCUGGCUUUGAUGUGAAGUUCUGUGGUAUAUAUGUACAGUACUUUUUUUAAUAUUUUCAUAUGUUGCCUCACAAUGUCAGAGGUUGUGUGUGUGUCUAGCAUUUUGUUUUGUAACCCAUCCCAUUGAGAUCUAUUUAAGGAUUCAAUGUAAUUUGUUUAAAGACUGCAAACUCUAAAGAGCUGUGGAGAAUAGAACUCAGAGGCUGUUUGAAAUGCAUGGGCCAAGCAGGUGGGCAAAAGAGAUAAAGUGAAUUUGUUUCUCCUGGAAAUCUCCACAGCUGAGAAUUGCUCAAGGGCAGGGGGGAUUUAAAGGGCAACAUCACAAGAACAUGAAGGUGAUCUUUGUAUUGAAUGAAACCAGAACAAACUCAACAUGUUUAUGUAAUUUUUCAGUGCAACUUAUGUUCCCAUGAAGCUUGAUGUUUGUUGAAAAACACAAGCAUAGAACAGCUGCUUGUGGCUGGCCUUGAGGUUCAUUCUGGCCUUUAUCCUGUCACAGACAGUCAUGAGUCAGUGAAUGGAUCUAAAGAGAAGGUGAGGACUAACAAAACCAACCCCCUCAGUGUCCACUUGUCAACUGCUUGCAGACUAGGUGCUUGAUGUUGGUGAAAGAUAGUGCUGUUCCAGGACUGGAGCAUAGGCACUGGAAGCUGGACUCUGCUUUGUGCCCCUGGGCAACCUGCAGGCAAGCAAAUGCUACUUUUUGGCCUCAGUGUUAAGUGCAAAGCGGAAAAAAAGCCUUUAGUUCUCUCCUGUCAGGAGAGUGUUUGUUGGUCUGGCUGGCAUAAACAAAAGUCAAAGAAAAUACUGCUUAGGACUUGAGUUAAAUCCUAAUUUCUGAGAUUUUCAAUGCAUUAGAAUAAACGGAGAGAAGAAUGAGUUCAGAUUCAUGGUUAAAUUUCAACUGGUGCUAUUUUUCACAAUAACCUACAAUGCCCUUUUAAAUUAGCUCACGUAGCACAUCCCAAAUCUUGGGCACAGGCAGGAAAAUGAACUCAGCAAGAGCAACAGGCUUCUGACAUCUGGUCAGCAGCCUACGAGAGGUGGGAAGCUUAGAGCAGGGAGUCUCUUAGCCAUUUGUAACAUGUUUUUAAAAACAGUCAGUGUAAACACUGAAUUAUUGUGCUAUUGGACCUGUACGGUGGUAGACACUGUCUUACUGUUUCACUUGUAAACUAGAAAAUUAAAUAAUGUGGAAAUCAAAUCAGUUGUAAAGUCAGUACUAUUUCUUAAAAUUUUCAGUUGUGCUCUGCCCUUAUUUGUAGCGCUAUAGAUGCCCACAGUACGCCUGUAGUGUUUAAAUGAAUGUUUGCAAUACUUAAUAAAUGUAAUAUACCACCA